AUGGUGACUGACACUUCAAGUCGAGGAGCGGAAGGUAUGCGAAAGUUUUGGCCCCUUCUAGUGCUCGGCGGCCUCGAUGUGGCACGUUUUCUUGCGUCGCUUGUGUGCUUCCCUCGCAUUUACCCUCCGCUUGCCUAUCUCGUAGCCAGCCUGUCCAUCGCUUUCGCUCCCACGCUGCCCAUGCUUGCCCGUGUGCUUUGCACCAUAAAGCCUCCAGCCUUCAGGCGACGUCGUGUCCUUAUCACCUUCAGUCCAAUCUUCGCCAAGACAGUUUUCAUUAGAUCUCCGACGAAGAUGCUCGGCUACGAAUUCUUUGCCUCGAUCACGUUGUUCAUCGCGCGGCUCAGGCUCGCGUGGUGGAUACUUAUCCGCAACCUCUUCGAAGUACUGGAAUUUUGCGUCGUUCUUUAUUGCGAACUGGUCUUUGAAGUCCUCUUGGAUCCUAUGAGUGCAUUUGUCGACCGCCAGGUCGUUUCAGUACGCCGUAACAUCCUCUUCCUAAUCGAGCCCAUUAACCUCCUUCCCGCUCGCGUCAUCGAUCUAUUGUUCAGGUGCGAGGACGAAGUCCCCGACUUUGGGGACAACACGAUGAUCCCUGGCAGGCGUAACCGGACCUACAUGCCCUCACACGAUGCUGGCAUCUCCGACGCGCCCCUCGAGACGCUCAGUUCUCCUGGAGGUCGCAACUCCAAACGAGACGGGAUGCAGUUCAACCUCUUCAUUCUGCCAUUCUCCAUCUCGUCUUCAUACUCCCACUUGUACGCGGUCCUCAAGAUGAACGCCAAACUCGCAAGGUUCAUUCACCGCUUCAUUAUCGCUUGCCAACUUUCUCUGAUCUACUUCCUCGUCUUCUGCUUCUGCGCCGUGACGGCUCACUUUAUCGUUGUGGUCCAAAUCGUCCUCAUUGGUGCUGUUACCGGCACCCUUCCCAAGCCCACCCCUCGUGUUCAAAACUGGGCACCUCAGCCCGUCAACCCAUACCGCCAUUCUCAACCUCCCCCACCUCUCCCCACAGUCCAAGCCAGGUGGUUUGUGUGA